AUGGCCGACUCGCUGAAGCAACUACAGGCCACCUUCGAACGCAUAAUCCUCGAUCCCAAGUACAAACAGCCACUCGUCCUCCUCAAAGCCAUUCGCAAUGGCGCAGUGUACGGCACCAAAGUCCGCUUUCCUCACGCCCUCGUCAUGAUCUUCCUCUUCCGAUCCGGCACAGUCCAGGAGAAGAUCAAGUUGGUCUACAAAGCCACGCGGCAACAUGCGCGAAAUCUGGCAUUGUUCGCCUUUCUCUACAAGAGCUCGAUGCUUAUGCUGCGGAAAGCCUCCGGUGACAAGCAACACCACUCGCACACGUUCCUGGCUGGCUUGUUCGGCGGAUACUGGGUCUUUGGACACGGGAAGAGAGCAACGAGCAGUGUUAACCAGCAGAUCGUGAUAUACGUCUUUGCGCGCGUGGUGCUGGCACUCGCGAAACUCGCCGUGCAACCGCCUGGUGACAAUGCGCUGGUGGGCUCACAUUACGGCGGACACGGCGGCGCGGGGUUCCUCGGCCUGAACGCUGAGCAUACGAAAGCCGUGCAGAGAUAUGCCUGGCCAGUGUUUGCCAGUGUUAGCUGGGCGAGUGUGAUGUGGCUUUUCGAGGGCUAUCCGGAUACGCUGCAGAACAGCUUACGCAGCAGCAUGACAUACAUAUAUGCCAAUGCAGAAAAAUGGGAUUCGUCGCGGAACUUCUUGUUGCACAACAAAUGA